AUUCAAAGGCGACAAAAGCCAAAAGGUUUUUUAAGAGAGAGAGAGAGAGAGAUUAAUUACCAAAUAUUCGCUUCUCUUCUUCAAAAAGUAAAAAAGUCCAUUAAAACGAGAUUUGAGUACCAAAGGAGUUUCGUUUGCUUUACUGUUACAUUCUCCGGGCAAGAAGAGGCGAUACCUUUUUGCUUUAACCCUCUCUCUCUCUCUCUGGCAUCAACGAGGAAGAGUCUCUACACGAAAAGAGCUGUUUUUUUGUGUGUGGGUUUGUUCAAAGAUGCAGCUUUUUUGUUGCUUCUGUUGUGGAAAAGGAUCUAAUGGGAAAAAGAAGGUGAAGACUGAACCAUCAUGGAGGAUUUUCACACUCAAGGAACUUCACGCAGCCACGAACAGUUUUAACUAUGAUAACAAACUCGGCGAAGGUCGAUUUGGUAGUGUGUAUUGGGGUCAGCUAUCGUCUGGAUCUCAAAUUGCAGUCAAGAGACUCAAGGCAUGGAGUAGCGGAGAAGAGACAGAUUUUGCUGUAGAAGUCGAGAUUCUCGCGCGUAUUCGGCACAAGAGUCUAUUGAGUCUACGUGGCUACUGUGCAGAAGGACAAGAGCGACUCUUUGUUUAUGAGUACAUGCCGAAUCUGAGCUUGGUUUCACAUCUUCAUGGUCUGCAUUCCUCUGAGUCGCUUCUUGAUUGGACCAGGCGGAUGAAUAUCGCAGUAUCCUCUGCUCAGGCCAUUGCAUACUUACACCAUCAUGCAACACCUCGGAUAGUCCAUGGAGAUGUGAGAGCAAGCAAUGUGCUGCUAGACUCUGAGUUUGAAGCUCGGGUUACUGAUUUUGGAUAUGGUAAGCUGAUGCAAGAUGAAGAUGGAGCUACUAAAACCACCAAGGGGAGUAAAAACAUUGGGUAUCUCUCACCAGAAUGUAUUGAAUCAGGAAGAGAGUCAUAUAUGGGAGAUGUGUAUAGUUUCGGUGUUGUUUUGCUUGAGCUUGUUACUGGUAAGAGACCUAUAGAAAGGCUAAACCAAACAACAAACCGGGGUAUUACCGAAUGGGUUUUACCUCUGGUUUACGAGAAGAAGUAUGGUGACAUUGUGGAUCAAAGGCUGAAUGGGAAGUAUGUAGAAGAGGAGCUGAAAAGGGUAGUGUUGGUUUCGCUUAUGUGUGCUCAGAGUGAGCCUGAGAAGAGACCAACCAUGUCUGAGGUUGUGGAGAUGCUGAUGAAUGAAUCUAAGGAGAAGAUGGCGUAUCUUGAAGGUACUCCACUCUUCAAUAGAAACAAAGGAGGGGAAGCUAUAGAUGAAAUCUCUGAAGAGAAGGAACAUCAAAAACAAGAACAAGAGUAGAUAAAAGUCUCUUUGUUCGGUUUCUCACAUUCUUUGUUUCUUUUGUAAGAAUCUGAUUUUGCUUUUGCUUUUUUUUAAUCAUUUGAUUGACAGCUUGUAAGGAAGUGUAAUGUAGUACAAUAAUGGUCUUCACGGAAAGUCUUUCUGA